CCAGUCCCAGCUGAAAUGAAUAAUCAGAAGGAAAAAUCACAGAAGAAAAAUUCAAUCUUAGUUGAUGGAGUUAUUUUAAAUGGCCCAGUAGCAGAUUCAAAAUCAGGCGAGAAAUUUGUGGAAGAGGUCAGUAAGAUGAUAAUGGAAGAAGUGAUAAAGAAAGCAUCUGAUGCAACUGAAAAGGUGUGUGAAUGGCAAUCUCCUGAGAAACUGAGAACACUUCUUGACUUGGAAUUGAAAGACACUGGAGAGAAUCAUCCCAAACUCUUGCAGUUAUGCCAGGAUGUUAUACAAUUCAGCGUCAAAACCUAUCACCCAAGAUUUUUUAAUCAGCUCUAUGCUGGUAUUGAUUAUUAUUCUUUAGCAGCACGUUUCAUUAUGGAGGCAUUAAACCCAAGUGUAUAUACCUAUGAAAUUUCUCCAGUAUUUUUGCUAGUGGAAGAAGCAGUCCUAAAGAAAAUGAUUGAAUAUAUUGGAUGGGAAGGAGGAGAUGGUAUAUUUAAUCCAGGUGGCUCUGUUUCCAAUAUGUAUGCAAUGAACUUGGCAAGAUAUAAAUAUUUUCCUGACAUAAAAGAAAAAGGCCUUUCUGGGAUACCUCAGUUGGUUCUGUUUACAUCAGAAGAGUGUCACUACUCAGUGAAGAAGGCAGCUUCCUUUUUGGGAAUUGGCACACAAAAUGUUUACUUUGUCAAAAGUGAUGACAGAGGUAAGAUGAUUCCUGAGGAACUGGAGAAACAAGUCCAACAGGCAAGGAAUGAGGCAUCAUGGGGAGGCUCAGCUUUACUGUCAAGGAGGCAUCGCAAGCUUCUUCAUGGCAUCCACAGGUCCACUUCUGUUGCAUGGAAUCCUCAUAAGAUGCUUAUGGCAGGAAUCCAAUGUUGUGCACUUCUGGUGAAAGACAGUUCUGACUUGCUUAAGAGAUGUUACUCUGCCAAUGCCUCAUAUUUGUUCCAACAAGACAAAUUUUAUGACAUCAGCUAUGACACAGGUGAUAAAUCCAUCCAGUGUAGCAGAAGAGCAGAUGCAUUUAAAUUCUGGAUGACAUGGAAAGCUCUGGGGACAACUGGCCUUGAAGAAAGAGUAAACAGAGCCCUUGCUUUAGUCAGAUACUUAGUGGAUGAAAUUAAGAAGAGAGAAGGAUUUCAGUUGCUUCUGGAGCCAGAAUAUGCAAAUAUUUGUUUCUGGUAUAUUCCACCAAGUCUGAGAAAGAUGGAGAAAGGACAUGAAUUCUGGGAAAAACUCAGUUGUGUUGCGCCCAUCAUUAAAGAAAGAAUGAUGAAAAAGGGUAGCAUGAUGCUGGGUUAUCAACCUCAUCGUGGAAAAGUUAAUUUCUUCCGCCAGGUCAUCAUUAGCCCCCAGGUGAUCCAUGAAGACAUGGACUUCCUACUUGAUGAGAUUGAUUCGCUUGGGAAAGACUUGUAGCUGAUGCCCCCAAACACUAGGAGAAGCUUCUGUGUGUGGAGUUUAUAGACUAAAUUAGUUAAUGACACAAUAUUAUUAGACUUUAUGAUCCAUAUAAAAAUGCUCAGAGGUGUGUAGACUUUUUAUACCAAGCAUAUGUUUAACAUUUAAAUUAUAAAGGGAAUUUUAUAAUGAUGGAGUGAUAUAUAAAUCACAACCCUUUAGAAAAAUAAAGUGUUACAUGAACAAUAGGUAGGAUAUGUCACCUUCAUAUUUCCUGAAUACAUUCAUGUUUUUGAAUAGAGAUUCAAAUAGAUCCAUAUUGUAAAAUAUCACCUAACUUUGGACAGUUAAUUUCAUGUAGCAGCCUUUUCCAUUGAUAGAUUGGGAUUGCCACUUUUCUUAUUCCAAACAGUAUGACUAAAAGCUGGGAUGGCUGAGAAUUAUCCUCCAACUGGAAAACAUGGGUGAGGUAAACUGAUUUGUGAUGUCUGAAUCUGUUUUAAACACUAAAAUAUCAGCAGGCAUUUUAGAAAUGUAUUCAAGUUUUAAAAAGAUUGUGCAUAUGUUCACAUAUAGAUUUUAGUGUUUUUUUAAAUGUAGUAUAGCUAUUUAAAGUAAGGAUUUUGGCACUUAUUUAGUAUCACUUAUGUGAUAGUAUAAAAACCAUCAGCAUUCAUCUACCUAACUAUAAACUUGUUAAAGAAUAUACUAAAACAAUUAUGCAAUCAUUUGACAUAUGCUGUAAUAUUCAAAUACAUUAGUUAAAUGGUAUUGUGAAGAUGGAAAGGCCUAUAAUAUUUCCCACUAUUUAUUUGUGUAUUGCACUACAUAUUAACAAAACUGAUCUUAUUUUUUAUUGAUUCAUAUAGGGAUUCUAUUAUAUUUGCUAAUUUAAAUGUUGACAUUACAUUUGAAGCAUGAUAUAAUAUUUAAUUUAGUAAAGCCCCAUGUUGUUUCUUCCUGCUUUUAUGGUUACAAAAUUCUCUAGAUUCAGUGCUGUAAGAGAUAUGCCUUGUAGCAGCAUAUUUCAGUUUAGCAAGUACACAAUUCUUACGUUUUUAGAUGAUUGAUAUAAAUGCUUUAUAAUAAAUACUUUAUCAAAAAGU